AUUAAGGUAGGUAUGGCAAUUAACGCCCAAUGUGUAAUAACGCCCGAAUGCUAAUAAUCGUAGUUAAAGUCACGUGAGUUACGACAAAUUUCACGCACACAUAGAUUAAACCAAUAAGAACGCUCAGACGCGGCGCGGCAUGGAUCACGCCACGAUUAUUCUCAGUUGCGACCCGCACCGCAAGGAGGCCGACAGUGCACGCUGUUAUUAUAAAAUAUACUCUGACAAAUCGAUCGGGGAAAUGACACCAUUUAAUUCCACACGCAAGAAAAGAGGGGAGUUGUGGACUGAAGAUACCAUGAAAGCUGCCAUGAAUGCUGUGCAAAGAGGACAUUUGACUCAGCGAUCAGCAGCAGAAAGGUAUAAUAUUCCGCGUAGAACUUUGAGAGAUCAUUUAAAAACGGGUGAAGAAAUGAAACGUUUGGGCAGAAAGCCUGUUUUAACGAAUAAUCAAGAAAAAGAUUUAGUUUCGCGGAUAAAAAGAUUUGCAAGCAUAGGAAUUCCACUAACACCUAAAUUCAUUCGAAAACAAACUUUCUUAUUUUGCGAGAGACAUGACAUCAAAAAUAAUUUUAAUAGUUCGAAAAGGAUUGCCGGUGUCGACUGGUUGCGAUCCUUUUUAAAAAGAAAUCCAUCUAUUAGCCAACGAAAACCGCAAAUGAUGAAUGCAGCUCGUGCACAAAAAUUAAAUAAAGUUAUUGUUCAACAACAUUUUCAAAGUAUCCGCAAAUUAUAUAAUGAAUUAGAUAUACUGCGACAUCCAGAAAGAUUAUAUAAUAUGGACGAGAAAGGAUGUCGAAUAACUGUGCAUAAACAGCACACAGUUUUGGCAGCAAAAGGGAGUAAAAGGGUUCAUCUCAUUGCUCCGGAACAUGCAGAAAAUGUGACCAUAGCAAUGUGUGUGAAUGCUAUAGGUACGGCGAUUCCAGCUAUGAUAAUUUUCAAAGGCCAAAGACAAAGACCAGAUCUUAUAGAAAAUCUACCAGCUGGAACGCUAGUUAGAAUGGCACCGAAGGGUAGCAUGACCUCAGACUUAUUUGUAGAAUUUAUUCAACACCUGGCAAAACAUAAAGUCGCUGAUAAAUGUUUAUUAAUUUUUGAUGGUGCAAAGUGCCAUUUGUCAAUUGAGGCGCUAGAAGAAGCUGAUAAAAAUAACGUAGUUCUUUAUUGCCUUCCUUCAAAUACGACCCACGAGCUGCAACCGUUAGACAAAUCGGUAAAUAAAUCCUAUGAACAUCACUGGGAUGAAGCUGUUAUGAAUUAUUUGUCAGUCAAAGUUGAUAGGACAUUAAACAAAGCCGAUUUCAAUAAAAUAUUUUCGCAAGUGUGGCCUAAAUGCAUGACACAUACAAAUAUAGUGAAUGGUUUCAAAGCGACUGGUCUGUAUCCCUAUAACCCUGAAGCAAUCCCGGAAGAAGCAUUUGCUCCAUCAGUUUUAUCUGAAAUUCCAUAUCCUCAAAAUCAAAACAAACAAGUGCAGAAUCCUAAAUCUGAUUCUAAUAUUGACACUUACUCUGAUGAAAAUCAGCCUAAUAUUGAUUUUAACGCAUCAAACAGGCGGGACUCGACUCCUGAUAGAUUUGAUGUUGAUGCUGACGAUUACCUGACUGUGACGCCACCUAAAGAGAUUUCUUCUAAACAGUGUCAAAAUAUUCAGAAUGUUUUGCCUAAAUCAACAGGAUUAAGGGCAGCAAAAAUUUCUAGUAUUGUUGAUUAUAGCUCAUCUACUGAUGUUUCUGAAAAUGAUUUGGAAAAAGCUCCGCAUAAUAAUACACCUCAUGAUUCAGUCCAUAGCUUAUGUGCUUCACCAUCCAUAUUUUCUGAAAAUCUAUAUGUGCCUGAAGCACCACCAGAAGCGCCUGCAAACAAAGAAAGCUCUAAUGAUAUUGAUAUUCCCAGUUGUUCAGGUCUGCAACGACCUAUGUGCCGACAAUACAGCUCUGACUCGUCUGACAUAGAUAGUUACAUAAUCAAGCCAUCGCAUAAUAAGUUAAAAUAUUCAGUUGAAGACGUUUAUGGUUAUUUAUCAGAGGAAGAAAAUGAAAAUUUAACUGUCAUAAAUAAAGGAGAAACAACACCUAAAAAGCAAACAGUAAAUUCUGAUGAUGAUGAGUCUGGUUCACUAGAUGAAGAUAAUAUACCAUUAUUCAAUUUAAAGAGACAAAGUAACAAAACGGAAUUUCAUGAAUUUUUGCCUACUCCUAAUUACUCUAUAACUAAAACAAAACGUCCACGAAAGAAGGCUAUCAAUUAUAAAGGUCAACGUAUUACUAAAGAUCUCUUUAACAAAAACGAUGAAGAUAAAAAUAAAACAAAGAAUACCAAAACCAAAAAAAAAGAGAAAAACAAGAAAGAUAAGAUUAAAUCAAAAAAUAAAGUAAUAAAAACAAAGGAUAAGAAACAACAAAAUAAGAAAAAGAUAAAUGAAAAAAAAGACGAUACGGAAGACUGGUACUGCUAUGCAUGUCAUGAAACUACAAAAUUGGACAUGAGACAAUGUAAAUUUUGCAUGAAGUGGUACCAUGAGGAGUGUGUGGGCCUCUCUAUACAUGACGAAUAUUUAAUUUGUUCAAAUUGCGAAUAAAUAUAAAACGUACUACAAUUCCAAAUGACUGUAAGACUGAUUACUGAUAAGUACUUUGAUUAGUUCUUAGGAUAUAAUUAGUUUAUUAUUGAUCUCAUUAAUUAAGCUUUGUACUUAAUUCUGGGCGUUAAUUGGCGCACUGUUCUGGGGCGUCAUUAGCCAUCUACGUUUUAUAGCGCCCAAUAAGCAUUUUUUAAUAAUUUGUUUUUAAUGAAAAAAAUAUAUAUAUGUUGAUUUUCUAUAAUUAUUAAACUUGUUAGAAGUGAGAUAUUUUUGUUAAAGAUGAUUAAAUAGAAAAUACGAGAUAUGUUGGACGUGUUACAAAAUUUAAAUAUAGUAGUAUUUGUAGGUCAUUUAUGACAAUUAUGAUUCUUUCUAAUAAAAGACAACAGAAUAUACUUUUUGGUUUUGUACGGCUAUAAGUCAAAAUAUUUUUGUUUAUUAAGAUAAUUUGUAAAUUACUAUGUGGGCGUUACUAAAAACCGUAUGCUCAAUAACGCCCAUGACAGGGUAUUCAAAAAUUCUUUGUUUACAUAAUUUUAUACGACUUAUAGCACUUAAGUAUUACUUUUUUGUGUUUAUUUUUUGUCAAUAAAACUAUUUUUCUAAGCAGUUUUUUAAUACAGUUGUUUCAUUAAAUAAUAUAUUGAUUUGAAAUUAAGUGGGCGUUAAUUGCCUACGAUACCUUAUAGAUUUG